UUGUUUUCUGAAUUGACUUCCGGUUAGAGGAAAACAAAUAUUUUGAAAGAGAAAAUAGUGUUUUAGGGCAGUUAAAAUCAACAUUUUAUCACAAAACCAAUUUCAAGAUUUGUAGAUUGCUGUUAGAUACAUAAAACAUUGGAGAUUGGUGUCACAUAUAUGGAAAGACGAAUAAUGGUUAAACUAUGGAAGCCGAGAUAGAUAGAACUACUAAACAGGAACCAAAGAUGCAUUCCAAAAUAAAGGAAACCUCUGGAACUUCAGGGAAAAAAACUAAUAAAACCAAAACAAAGCCAUUGUAUUUUUGGAAUAGUUUUGAUGUUAAUAAGUGGCUGAAAAAAUAUGGAGGAAAAUAUUUUGAGCUGUAUGGAGAUCUUCUUCUUAGUCAAGAAAUAACAGGUAGAACAUUGAUACGAAUGAAUGAUAUUAAAUUAGAGAGACUAGGCAUAACAUCAGCUGAUCACAGGAGAGAGAUAAUACAACACAUUCUGAGACUAAGACUGAAACACGAAGCAAUAGACCUAAAAAACUUAGAACAAAAGGGGACAGGAUUUGAACUUCGCCUGCCAAAUACAAACAGACUGCAGCCACCAAAAGUAGAUAUGCCAAAGUGAAGACCAGAAACAACAGUUAUUUAAAUCAUAUAAUGCAAUUUCAGAUAUGAUUAUUAGUGCCGUUUUGCAUUUAAAUGUUGUAGAUAUUUCAUUUUGAAUUCAUAUUUAUAACAUAUUUCCUUGUUUGGUUUCAAGGUUUUUUUUCCAGUAGAAAUUCAAGAAAAGUAGUCAUUAUAUUAGUGUAAUCAAUGUGCAAUAUAGAAUGGUUAACCAAAGCAUUAUAGUCAUAAUAUUGUUUAUUUCAAAUAUAUUCAGUUGUAGAGUAUAACCUGUUUUCAUUUUAUACUAAAUAUGAACUAUAUUUUAGUUUUUGUCAUAGUAACAAUUAUCUUGUUUCUAAAGGUUAAAAGUAAAUUUUGAAAAACAAAUGGUAUUCUAUAAGUAAGAUUUCUUUGAAAUUAAAGUCUAUAUGAAAAUAGAUUACUGAGAAAGACCAAUCUAGUCAAAGCAUGUUUGAUACAUGUUAUAAAUGAUAUUCUUUCAGAUCAUUCCAUCUAUUUUAAUUAAUAUCAUCAAUCAUGCUACUAAUAAGUUUAAUGGUUCACUGCAUUCACAAUGACUGUCAUACUAUGGAUUCAUUUAUUUUGGUGGGCAUCAAUUGGUGAAAACUUGCAUAUUCGUUGAUAUUUGAUUUAAUGAUUUUGCCAAUCACUAUAUACAAAGCCUGUUGAAAUUAUGAUAUUUUUGUUGAACAUUUAAAUUUGUGGUUCAAGUGUACCAAGGAAAAUUGGUAUUAAACAAAUAAUAAUGAAUCCACAGUACCUCUUUUAUUAGGUUCCAUGUCAGUCUGAUUUAGGGGUGUUUUUGUCAUUGAGAUGAAGCAUAAUAAUUGUAUAAAUAACUUUAGAUCUGCUUGUCUGCCUUUUUAUAUUUGUGGAUUCUUUUGAGUUUUUCCACUCUUACCAUAAAUGAAAUAAGUUUAUGAGUUUUAUUUAUUCAAUUCUGGUUUAAUCAUAAUCAAUUAAUCAAGUUCUUUUUAAAUAUUUGGUAGUACAUAACUGCUUUAAUUAUAUAUUGGUGAUAUUGAUGUAUCAAGUCGUUAGUUGAUGACAGUGUUGUUCACAAUAUGUAUAAAGAUCAACAAGGAAACUUUGUUUUCACUCACUUCAAAUAUUAUGUUUUUAAAUGAUAGAUAAGAAAGUUACACAGAUUUACUUUACCAAUUAAAAAAGAUAAAAACACAUUUAAUGUCAGAGAUGGAAUAAGUAUAUUUAUUUAUGAAUUGAAACAGCUGAGAUUUAAAUUUUAGCAUUUAUCUAUAUAAAUGAUUUCAAACUAACAUAAAAAUUUGAAAUAUUAAUUACACAAAUAAUUGUCUCCAUUCUGAAAUAUCAUGUGUUUGAUUUAAUUGUGUGAACAUUUAUCUUAUAUUCCAACAUAGAAUUUAAAAUUAAAAGUGUAGAUGGAAAAGAAAAUGAUUCCUUAGCAAAAUAAAAACUAGAAAAAACAAGACGUAUUUUCGCUUGACCUUUAAAAUAAUUAUGAAGAAAGGGAGAUAACACAGGAAGUCAACUGGAACUGACAUGUUUAGAAUAUCUGUAAACAUUCAUGUUAUAAUUUUUCUCUCAUACAUAGACAAAACAUUUCUUAUCUAUAUGGAAAACAUAUUAUGUUGACCAAAUGAAAUACACCUGGCCUUUUUGCAAGGUUAGUUAUGCAUUGAGUAUGAUUUAUAUCAUGAAAUAUACUUAUUAUUUUUCUUUUCAAUUCAGUACUUUCUUCUUCUUUUUUUAUUUAAAUCCAUGUUUCAUUGUUUUUUUCCUUUGUGAAGUUUUGGAAAAACUGAACUAAAUAUUUGAAAACACACUUGACAAUGUUAGACAAUUAUUAUACAUAUUUUAAAAUAUUUAUGAAAGUUAUAUGGUAUAUAUAUGAAAUGCGCUUUUUAUACAUUGAUUUACUUAUUAGAUUUUCUAAGGGUAUGAAAUAUCUUUUUAAGUUUACCUUUGGCCAAAGGUAUAUAUAAGUUAUUGUCAUCACCUGGCAACAGUUUACCUAUGUUGUCAGAAAUCUUCACUAUUCAAUUGGUCAAUGUCAACCAUUAGAGAGGCCAUUAACUGUCAAAUUUAGAUCAUACUCCUUCAGUUUCAUGAACAUUUAUUAAUCAUAGUUUGUGUGCAAUACUUCAAUAGGACAUAUCAUGUACAUUGGAUAAAUGGAUGAUUAUUUUGAUUUCUUACUUCAUCAAUUUGACCUGAUCAGGUCUAGUUAAAAUGUUAAUUACUUAACCCUUUCCUCCAUGGAUUUUUCUCUCUCACAUAGGAUUUUUUCAAUAAAAAAAAUCAUCAGGUUUAAAGUUAUAAUGCAUUGUGAAAAACAAAUAUUUCAUCAAUGAAAUUCAAGUCAGAUAUUCUCUCUCAUGAAUAUCCUUUUCAUAUUGGAUACAAACUUUUUUAAGUCUGAUGCAGACAUUUUGAAGUCAAAGCGUUUCAACUGAGGUACUACACAGGCGUCAAAAGGCGUCAUUAGAGAGUAAAGGGGUGGCGUCAAAAAGCGUCAUUAUGGAAGAAAGGGUUAACUUUAUGUGUAUCCUUAUAGUAUACAGGUCAAAAGUGAUAAUUCUUAAAAUAUUGAACAUCUGUUAGUAAAAAUGGGCAUAUUACUUUAGCUGUAGAAGAAUGUGUUUUGGUUAUGCAGAUGUUUAUGCCAGUAGUUAUCACAUGAUUUGAUAAAGUAAAAUGGUUGUGAAAAUGUUUUUUGCUCAUUCUUCAUGAAAAUUUCAACUAUCCCUUUACAGCAUGUUAGAAUAAUGUAAUUUUAUUUAAUGAAGAAAAAUGUUUGGCAAGAUAUUUUUGCUGGAUUUUGAAAAUUGUUAUAAUUCUUCUGUCAUGCAGUCUCUUGUAAUACAUAUUUUAAGUCAAGGUAAUAGGUGAGAAAUUGAGAAUUAUAUGGUAGUUGCUAGUUUCAUUUACAUAGGUUACAUUAGGUUGUGUGAGUUAACAAUUUGCAUUUAAUUUUGAUUCUGUUUUGUUAUUUAAAGUUUAUUUCUUGUUUAAAGUGUUUUCUUUAUUUUUGUUGUUGAUUUGUGCUAAGUUUUGUUAUUAAUCUCACUAACACUCACUAAUCAGACUUUAUUAUUUUUUUACAGAUAUAUUUGUCAACAUUUUUCGGAAUUUCAAUGAUUACGUAAACAUGUUAUUAUAAAAGAGGACAAACAUGGGUUUACUUUUUUGUUUUAUCCAAUAACAUUUCUGAGCAGAGAUCAUGUUUUUCAUUUAAUAGUUCCCUAAUAUGAUAAAAUAUUAAAAAAAAAUUAUUUAAAAUUAAGUGGCAACACCUGAAUGUUUUCUGUUAUUGUUUCAGUCAAAAACAUUUUCAAAACAAAAUUUUGCUAAAUAUAUUGUGAAAUGAAAAUUUUCCAAGCAAAAACUUAUAGGAUUUCUUUUAUGUUGUAGAGUCAAAUAUAUAGUAUCAUGUAACCUUUUCAUUUCCCCAUGAUUUUAAUAGAAACAAAUCAUUAAAAAUUGUAGCAUUUUGCAUUUUGAAAGGAUUGAAUUUCCAUUUCUGGUACAUAAGACAAUGAUUGCAUUGAUGUCGUAAUUUUUUUUUUAUGUUUUUGAUUUAAAAGACAAUGGAUUCUAUUACUCAAAUAUUCAAAGUAAAAAUCUCCUUAUCAACAUACUAAUUAAAAAAUCAAAUUGAAAAUUUUAGACAUCUCACUUGACGAAUACAUGUAUAUACAAUGUACGACAGUGAGCUCAAUUGGCAUUAAUGAACACUGCAAGAAGGGUGAAUUCAAAUUAUUUAGACCAGUAUUUAUACUGACUUCAUUUUUAUUUAGAAAAAUAUUUCCUUAUUAGACUCAUUGAAUAUGAUAAUCAUAUUUUAUGUAUGUUGAGAGUUGUGAAGUAUGAAUUUUAUUUAUACAUGUUACUUAGUACUAAACUCUAUUUGUAGUAAAGAUAUUUGUUAUCAAUAGCAGUCAA